UGUGGAACACUCUUGACCAUGAAAUAUGUUCUACUUACAUGCCUCAGCCUUUAAAAGUUCUUUGCAUUAGAGGCAGGGAUUACAUUGUUCCUGGAGCCAAGCACGGGGCCAGCUGUGUGAGUAAGAAACAAGCCACGCUUCUCCUUAGGGAGACCGAUGGGACUUUAAAAGUUUUGUUGUGGCGAGUGUCACGAACAUUCCCAACUCCAUCACCAAUCCCUUACUUCCAUCUCUACUCACUGGAGACCACACAGACGCCCAAGCAGAGGCAACAGCUGAAUUCAGGAAACCAUGCAUCAUGUCAUCAGGAGACAACAGACUUUAAACUCUGUUCAACAUGUGGAUGCGGCCGAGAAAUGACCUGUCCAGACAAGCCAGGGCAGCUCAUAAACUGGUUCAUCUGCUCCCUGUGCGUCCCGAGGGUGCGUAAACUCUGGAGCAGCCGGCGUCCAAGGACUCGGAGGAACCUCCUGCUGGGCACUGCCUGUGCCAUCUACCUGGGCUUCCUGGUGAGCCAGGUGGGGCGCGCAUCGCUCCAGCACAAACCCACAGCUGAACGGGGGCCUCGUCAGAGCCGAGACACCGCGGAGGCACCCUUCCCUGAGAUACCCUUGGAUGGUACCCUGGCCCCUCCCGAGUCCCAGGACAAUGGAACCACCCUAUUGCCCAAUGUGGUGUACAUUACCCUACGCUCCAAGAGAAGCAAGCCCGCCAAUAUCCGUGGCACAGUGAGACCAAAGCGCAGGAAGAAGUAUGCAUUGGCCUCUCUGGUCCCGGGACAGGAGGCUUUGGUUGGACCAUCCCUUCAGCCGCAGGAAGCCGCAAGGGCAGCUGAUGUUGAAGUGCCUGGGUACAUCCAAAGAGGAAAUCUGGCCAAGGUUGGGGAAAGACCCUGGAGUUUGAUACGUGGUCCGGGAGUGCGAGUUGGGGGCUCAGAUACCCAGCUGCCCAAAGCCAGGGAGAGUAACAUCAGGAUCUACAGCGAGAGCUCCCCCUCGUGGCUGAGCAAAGAAGACAUCCGCACAAUGCGCCUGUUGGCCGAUGGUGUAGUGGCGGGCUUCCAGCCAGUGUCCUCCAAGAGCCAAGCGCACUUGAUGGUGCUGGAGGGGAGCACCUCUGGCUCUAUGCCUGGCUGUGGCCCUAACCCCUGCGGGCUGGUCAAGCAGCCUUUGGACAUGAGCGAGGUGUUUGCCUUCCACCUGGACAGGAUCCUGGGGCUCAACAGGACCCUGCCUUCUGUGAGCAGGAAAUCAGAGUUCAUCCAAGAUGGCCGCCCAUGUCCUGUCAUUCUCUGGGAUCCAUCUUUGUCUCCGACCAAUAAUGAGACCCACUCCUCUGUUCAGCUCACCUGGGGAGCCUACCAGCAGUUGCUCAAACAGAAGUGCUGGCAGAAGGGCCGAGUCCCCAGACCUGAAGGGGGUUGCACUGAAAUUCAUCACCAUGAGUGGUCCAAGGUGGCCCUCUUUGACUUUCUGUUACAGAUUUACAAUCGCUUAGAUACAAAUUGCUGUGGAUUCAGACCUCGGAAGGAAGAUACCUGUGCACGGAAUGGGCUGAGGCCAAACUGUGACAACCAAGAUUCCGUGGCUCUCGCACACAUUCUCCAGCGAAAGCAUGACCCAAGGCAUCUGGUCUUUAUAGACAACAAGGGUUUCUUUGACAGAAGUGAAGAUAACUUAAACUUCAAAUUGUUACAAGGCAUUAAAGAGUUUCCCGAAUCUGCAGUUUCUGUUUUGAAGAGCCAGCACUUACGGCAGAAACUCCUCCAAUCUCUGUUUCUUGAUAAAGUUUAUUGGGAGAGUCAAGGAGGCAGACAAGGAAUUGAAAAGCUUAUUGAUGUAGUAGAACAAAGAGCAAAAAUCCUUCUCACCUACAUCAAUGCACACGGGGCCAAAGUAUUACCUAUGAAUGAAUAACAAACGGAUCUUCUGGCUGGACUACUAGAUAUAUGCAUGCGUUUUUGUUUCUAAAUCAACUAUACAAAUCUCAAUUCCUUUUAGGAAUGAGACAGUGUAAAUGAAUAUGUAAAAUAAAAGAAUUUAACCAAGUAAUAUGAUGGGCCUGAGCACUCUAAGCAGACUUAUAAAGCUUUACUUCUUAAAAAGAUACUUCUUAAAAAAUAUUUGCUUAUAUUUCUCACGACCAUUGUCAUGUGAGUCUCAACAUCUGAUUACAGAAUCCUUGGAGUAUGAUUCCGGCAAGCUUUGUUAAAACAUGUGUCAUGUUGCUGAAAAGAACAGUAUAAACUGACUCCUUUAAGAAAUUAUAUUUCAUGCCAUUUUCUGGUCUGACCAAAUACUAAUGGGAAUGAAUCCUGAAUUUUUGUUGUUGCUGAUUGUUAAAACAGAGCAGUCCCAGCACUUACCCAGAGACACUUCUAAACUGGAAAACUGAGCACAUGAUCUGCAAAUACAUCAGUGCCUACAAUAAUUCUCAAUAGAAAUGGUGAGUUAUUUGUAAAACUACCAGUGUAUAGUCUAUUGUAUCCAUAAAUAAUUAGCCACUUCUGUGAUUCUGAGCAGCAAGAAUCACAUUUUUCAUUCCUUUUUAGAGGCUUGUUUUGUUUUCAGGGUAGAAACUAUCCGAAACUGUUACUUGAUACAUUUGGUAGUUUUACUGUCUCAGCUUUCUUUCAAUUUAUGUCUAGUGGCUUAGAAAUUCAACAUUUUAAGGUUUGAAGUUACCUCUUUGAAACUGUACUUAUAGAGUACCCUUUAAAUUUUUUUUCUUUUUUUAAAAUUUUGUCAUUUUUACAAGGGUUGUACUGUAAUUUCUGUGUAUUUCAUGAAUAACAGUGAAUUUCUUCACAUUUGUUCUGUGUAAUUGUAUUUGUACUUAAACUAAUUGGAUGGAUAUUGCCCAGAUAUUGACAAUAGGAUCAGACUGUGUUUAAAUAUAUUGUUUGGCUUAUUCCAAUAUGAGAAAUAUGAACCAAAUAAAUUAAAACUUGAUUCUGAUCAUUCCUCCUCACGGAAAGCACAUGACUAGAACUAAAACAGCAUAUUUUGAUAUUAUUAAGCCUUAAAUAAUUUUCCCCAAACUCCCUCUACCGACUUUCUAAUUAGGUGGAAGGAUGUGGACAUACAGUAUUCAUGUGUUGGGUCUUUAUAUCUUGGAAGAUACCCACGUCAUCAUGUAUGACAGAUGUUCAUAUAGGGGUUUCAAAUACGCUCCACCUCUUAUUUAAAAGCUGAUAUACUGACUUUUCCUUUUCUUUGAAGUUUAAAAAUACUGUGCUACUAUUUAGCACCCUUAUUUGCUGGGCUAACAUUUGGAGAGUUGGCCUUCAGACAAUUCUCCUGUGCGAUUCCCCUUGAUAGCCCUGAGUCUUCACUUUUACCUGUUGUAUUUGGGCUCUUUAAGAUUGCAUUUUUUUUCUUUUCUGAUUAAUCAUUAUAUUAAUGAAAAAAUUGGCCUAACAAAAGUUUGGGAAUCCAGGUUCUACUUUGAGCCACUGACUUGAAAUAACUUUGUCAAGUUGCCUUACACCUUGUCUUAUCAAGGUGGCAUAUUUGCAUUUUAAUGUGCUUUUUAUGAAAUAUACCAACUUCAUCAACAUUGUGAUUUUGGUGGUAGGAAUUCCAGCUUCUUAGAAGUGAACUUUAAUUUUGUGUCACAAGCUACCGGCUUCUGGUCAGCUUGGUCCUCCCAUGUAUGGGUCGGGCUUUGUUUAUUUGCCUUCAGUUAUUCCGAAAUGCUUAACAUUUAAGGAAAGGUCCAGGGACACAUGUUAGUUUUAGUCACUUUUGCUUUUUUAACAAUGUGUUUUGUUUUAUAAUCAGUGAAUAAUUCAUGCUGUAUUAUUUUUGAAUAAUGGAUGGCUGCAGGCUAGGCUUUUCAUUCUUAUAAGUAAUGCUCUUCAUUCCUCUUAUUAAAACAAUGAAAAUACUUUGUGCCUUUCAAAUAUAUGCCAAUUAUGCUUUGGUUUGGUUCACAUAAGCACAUUAUGUGGUUUAUUUAUAACUUGAUAAAUUCAAAAUAGAACAAUUUACCUUGGCAGGCAUACAAAAGCUAUUCUUGAGUGAUUUAUUUUCUU